AUGAAAAUCACCUCCGUCACCUCCCAUAUUCUUCGCAUCCCACUCGGUGACCGAGUGUUCUACUCAUCCCAAGCCCGAUUCCCAGAACGCAAUUCGUACCUAGUGAGGAUAGAAACAGACACCGGCCUCGUCGGAUGGGGAGAAGGAGGCCAAUACGGUCCCCCCGAACCGGUGGCUGCCGUGAUCGACUAUGUAUUCGCACCAAAACUCAUCGGCCGGGACCCAACUGAGCCCGUCGUCAUUUGGGAGCACCUGUAUGCUUUCUCCCGGGACUUUGGCCAGAAAGGCACUUAUGUCGAGGCCAUCAGUGCCAUCGACAUCGCACUGUGGGAUAUCAGCGGCAAAGCGGUGGGACUGCCAGUGUCCAAAAUGCUCGGUGGCGCAUUUCGCAAGCAAGUCAAGGCCUACGCGACGGGGUGCUACUAUCCCGAGGAAUACCACGAUCUACCGAAGAUACUCGAGAACCUGAAGUUCGAAGCAACCCGAUACCGCGACUUGGGAUUCGAUGCCCUAAAAGUGAAAAUUGGACUCCUCGAUAUUCGUGCCGACGCUGAACGACUGCGCAUUAUCCGUGAGACCGUCGGCCCCAGCGUCGCUAUCAUGGUGGAUGCCAACCAUGCAUACUCCGCCUCAACAGCAAUCCAAAUGGGGAAACUGAUGGAAAAUUACGAUAUCCGCUUCUUUGAAGAACCAGUCAUCCCCGAAGAUCGAGCGGGGUACCGUCGCGUUCGCGCAGAGAACCCCAUUCCCGUCGCUGGCGGCGAGGCCGAGUUCACACGCUACGGGUUUCGAGACUUUCUCGGCGAAGGAUGCGUGGACAUUGUGCAGCCGGAUCUCACAGUGUGUGGGGGAUUCACUGCUUUCUCUCAGAUCCUGGCCAUGGCCAAUGCCUACGGCGUUCUGGUCGUCCCCCACGUAUGGGGAUCUGGCAUUGCGCUCGCUGCUGCGCUGCAGGCGCUGGCUACUAUCCCUCCUAUGCCCCACUCGGCUAAUCCGAUUCCACUGAGAAACGAGCCCAUGGUGGAGUUUGAUCGGACGCAUAAUAGUUUGCGGGAUGAAUUGCUGGUUGAGAAAUUUGAGCUUGUUGAUGGUUGUGUGGGGGUUCCGCAGGGUCCUGGGUUGGGGGUUACCAUCGACGAGGAGGCGCUUAGGAGAUUUGAGAGCCUUUGA